AUGACCCUUAUAAUUCUCCCCCGGCCGUCUACUCUUCCGCAGCUCCGCCACCAUCCCCGCCUUCCUCUCUCUCUCCUCCUGUCCACUCUUUCGCGAGAUACGUACGAGCCUAGGACAGCCAUGAAGUUCUUCGGUUCCUCCACGUCCAAGAAGGAGAACAAGGGGAAGAAGAGAUCCAAAAGGAGCGGCAACGGCGGCUCCUUCGCCUCCACCGCGUCGCCGUCGGCAUCAGAUGACCAGUCUGUCACAACGCCGAGAUCCGUCCUGCCGUCGUCUUCGGGGCUGGCGGCACCGUCCGGCUCCGGGACGACCAAGAAACCGGCCCUGGUCGCCGUGACGCGGUUGGAGUUGGAGGUGGCGCUGCGUACGGUCGUGUCGACAGAGGAGGAGCUGGCCGCGAUGCUCGCCGAGGCGGAGGCCGGCCUCGCGCUUGAGGGGAUCGUGGCCGCGGAGGUCGCGGACGAGGGCGAGCUGAGGGACACAUUUGCGGUGUUUGACGCUGACGGGGACGGGAGGAUCUCCGCCAAGGAGCUCCGUGCCGUGUUGGCCUCCCUCGGCGACGAGCGGUGUUCCGUCGAGGACUGCCGCCGCAUGAUCGGCGGCGUCGACACCGACGGCGACGGCUUCGUCUGCUUCAACGAGUUUACGCGCAUGAUGAUGCUUGCGCCGUGA